AUGGCAUCACCAUAUGGAAUACCAAAUAAAUCAGGUGGUAAUGACAAUUCUGAAACUUUUGAUUUUGGAGGUAGAAGUUACGUGAGUAUGUCAUAUAAACCAAGCUUACUAUCUUCAUCAUUGGUCAAUACUGGUGUUGAAGUCCAUGAACAAACUGCCAAUUUAGCAAAUGUACUUGUCACCGAGCCCCUAAAUGAAGAAGAAGAAGACAACGACGACGACGACGACGACAAUUUAGAGCAACACCAGCAUCAACAUCAAGAACAAUCAGAAGAACAUCAACAUUCCAUAUCAGAAUCUUCACUUUUGAUGUCCAAUUCACCAAGAAGUAAUUAUUUUUCUCAAGUAGAUGUAUUAGAAUCAGAAAUUGGAUCACCUAGUAUAAACAGUUUUAAAAGCAAUCAAAAUAGAAGUCAUAGUGGGAGCAUUCCAUCGGUCAAUUCCCAACCAUCAUCUAAAGAUAACAUCCCAGAGAAACAACCAAGCAAAUUGCAUUCCUAUUUAGUGAAACCAAUUGGAUAUAUACCAGGGGUUUUUCUUGGUACUUUAUUGAAUAUUUUGGAUGGAUUAUCUUAUGGGAUGAUCAUGUUCCCAAUAAGUGAAUCCAUCUUUUCAUCUUUGGCUCCCACUGGAUUAUCAAUGUUUUAUAUGUCCUGUAUAAUUUCUCAAUUGAUUUAUUCUCUUGGUGGAUCGGCAUUUAAAGCCGGUAUUGGAUCAGAAAUGAUUGAAGUCACACCUUUUUUCCAUACCAUGGCAGGAGCCAUUGCCAAACAAAUGGCCGAUAACACCAAUGAUGCCAUUAUAGCAACUACCAUUACAUCAUAUGCUAUUUCUUCUAUUGUUACUGGAUUGGUUUUCUUUUUAUUGGGUAAAUUGAAAUUGGGAGUUUUAGUUGGAUUCUUCCCUAGACAUAUUUUAGUUGGAUGUAUAGGUGGUGUUGGUUAUUUCUUAAUCGCUACUGGUAUUGAAGUUUCAUCACGAUUGGAAGGUGGGUUGUCUUAUAAUUAUGAGACAUUUAAAUAUUUAUUUUACAAUUAUACUACAUUAUUGGAAUGGACAAUUCCAUUAUUAUUGGCUUUGAUUUUAAUCAUUUUACAACAUAAAUAUCAUAACUCAUUAUUAGUUCCACUUUAUUUUAUUGCGGUUUUCAUAAUUUUCCAUUUACUUGUUUCCCUUGUACCAAGUUGGAGUUUAAAUAGUGCUAGAGCAACUGGUUGGGUUUUCCCCAUGGUUGAAGAUAAUGAACCAUGGUACAAUUUUUACAGUUUAUAUAAAUUCAAUCUUGUUGAUUGGGUUUGUAUUGUACGUCAAAUACCGACAAUGUUAGCAUUGACAUUUUUCGGAAUUUUGCACGUUCCUAUCAAUGUUCCAGCAUUGGCGGUUUCGGUUGGUAUGGAUGAAGUUGAUGUGGACCGAGAAUUAGUGGCUCAUGGUUAUUCAAAUGCAAUUUCUGGUCUUGUUGGAUCCAUCCAAAACUAUCUUGUUUAUACCAAUUCAGUUUUAUUUAUUCGUGCUGGAGCUGAUGAUAGAGUUGCUGGUGUUAUGUUAGCCAUUGCCACUGCUGCAGUUAUGAUGGUUGGCCCCGUGGUCAUUGGAUAUAUACCGGUUUGUGUGGUUGGUGCAUUAAUCUAUUUAUUGGGUUAUGAAUUAUUAAAAGAAGCAAUUUAUGAUACAUGGGGUAGAUUAAGAAAUAUUGAGUAUAUUACUAUUAUCAUCAUUGUUGUAACCAUGGGAGCUGUUGACUUUGUUGCUGGUAUUGGUGUGGGUAUUUUAUUAGCUUGUUUAUCAUUUGUGGUGGAAGCUGGUAGAACCCCAGUUGUGCAAGGAAUAUAUUCCGGUAGUGUAGCUAGAUCCACCGUUAUGAGACAUCCAAAACAACAAGAAUUUUUAAAGAAUGUUGGAGAACAAAUUUGUAUUGUCAAAUUACAGGGGACUUUAUUUUUUGGUUCAAUUGGUGGAGUAGAAAAAGAGAUUAGAAAUAUGUUUGAACAUGAUAAAUUUAAAUCUAAUCCAAUAAAAUAUUUGAUAAUAGAUAUGAAAGGAGUUAUUUCCUUAGAUUUUUCUGCAGCAGAAGGAUUCCGAAGAAUUUUAAAUUUGGCUAAUGAUUUCAAGACUCAAUUUAUAAUUUCUUCAGUUGGUGAAGAUGAUGAUAUUAUUCAAGGUUUACGUGAUGCUGGGAUAUUUGAUAAUGGUGCCAAUGCCCCAAUAGAACUAUUUAGUAGUUUGAAUUAUGCUUUGGAAUGGUGUGAAAAUAGUUUUUUGAAAACCUACAGUAAACUCAAGAAAAGUGAUCCAGUUAAAACUAGGUCAGUACCAGCAUCUUCAACAUUAACCACCCGUCAAUCAUUUGCAUCUCCUUCAUCAUAUGGAGCUAAGUUUUUCGGUAAAUAUGGAGAAUUUGGUACACCAAGAACUAAUCAAGUUUUCCAAGCUGCUAGUAAAACAGUUUAUGAUGAACAUAAAACUGAGAGUAAAUUUGAAUCACAAAAAAACACCCUUUUCCAAAAACAACCUUUAUCAUUAAUUAUGUUGUCAUUCCAAGGAUUAUCUGAUAAAGACGCUGAAUUUUGGUCCAAUAUUACUCCUUAUUUUGUCAAAGAAAAAAUCCCGGAAAAUUAUCAAUUUUAUGACACCAAAAAUGAUGAACCAGCAUUUUUCAUUGUUGAAUCAGGUUUAAUUCGUUCUGUUAUUAAAUUUGAAAGUGAGGGAAGAGAAUUACAUAGUAGUAUUUUGCCAUUAGUGGCGUUUGGUGAUUUGGAUGAUGCUUCAGAAUAUAGACAAAUCAUUUAUACAACAGUCAAUGAUACUGUUGUUUGGAAAUUAAGUCAAGCUAAAUUAAAAGAAAUGUUGGCCAAGCAUGGGUCUAAAGGUGAAGAAUUGUACCAUGAAUUAUUAGAAGUUGAAGCUAAAUUAAUAAGAGGCAGGUUUGAUACCAUGACAGCAAAUUUAAUAAUUGCUGGUUGA